AUGGCGGCGCCGGCGCGCCUGGGCCGGAAACGCCCGCUGCCGGCGAGCCCCAACCCGCUCUUCGCGCGCUGGCUGGCCGAGUGGCGGGACGAGGCGGCCAGCAGGGGGCGGCGCACGCGCUUCGUAUUUCAGAAGGCCCUGCGCUCCCUGCGGCGGUACCCCCUGCCCCUGCGCAGCGGCAAGGAGGCAAAGAUCCUGCAGCACUUCGGAGACGGGCUCUGCCGCAUGCUGGACCAGCGCCUGCAGCAGCACCAAGCCUCAGGCGGUGACCGUGUCCCAGGUUCACCGUCUGGUACGAAGAGUCCAGGCCCAGAAGGACCACCUGCCGAAGUCCAGGACCCUCCCGUGCCAGUUCCGACCCAGGCCAGGCGAGGCAGCGCCGGCAGCUACUGGCCGGCUCGGCACUCAGGAGCCCGAGCACUGCUGCUGCUGCUCUACAGGGAGCACCUGACUCCUGGCGGCCAUGCCUACCUAACCAAGGAGGAACUGCUGCAGCGAUGUGCCCAGAAGGCUCCCAAGGUGGCCUCUGGGAGUGCGCGACCCUGGCCAGCCCUCCGCUCCCUCCUCCACAGGAACCUGGUCCUCAGGACACAUCAGCCAGCCAGGUACUCCCUGACCCCGGAGGGCCUGGAGCUGGCCCAGAGGCUGGCAGAGUCAGAGGGCCUGAGCUUGCUGAAUGUAGGCAGCAGGCCAGAGGAGCCCCCUGGGGAGGAGCCUGAAGCGCCAGGAGCCACCUCAGCUGAGCUCAAUGCCAGUGAAGCGAGCAUCCCGCCGCCGGCACUAGAGCUGGGCCCUGGCGAGUACAGGGUGCUCUUGUGUGUGGACAUCGGGGAGGCCAAGGGGGCCGGGCACAGGCCGGAGCUGCUUCGGGAGCUACAGCGGCUGCACGUGAGCCACUCGGUGCGCAAGCUGCACGUGGGGGACUUCGUGUGGGUGGCACAGGAGACCAGGCCCGGAGACCCAGCGAGCCCCGUGGAGCUGGUCCUGGACCACAUCGUGGAGCGCAAGCGGCUAGACGACCUGUGCAGCAGCAUCAUCGACGGCCGCUUCCGAGAGCAGAAGUUCCGGCUAAAGCGCUGCGGCCUGAGGCGCCGAGUGUACCUGGUGGAGGAGCACGGCUCAGCACACCACCUCAGCCUCCCCGAGAGCACGCUGCUGCAGGCUGUCACCAACACGCAGAUCAUCGACGGCUUCUUCGUGAAACGCACGGCCGACAUUAAGGAGUCAGCCGCCUACCUGGCCCUCUUGACACGGGGCCUGCAGAGACUGUACGAGGGCCACACACUACGAAGUCGCCCCUGGGGAACCUCAGGGGACCCUGAAUCUGGGGCUGGGCCUUCACCAAAUCCUCUCUGCUCACUCCUCACCUUCAAUGACUUCAACGCGGGAGCGAUCAAGAACAAGGCCCAGUCAGUGCGAGACGUGUUUGCCCGGCAGCUGAUGCAGGUGCGUGGAGUGAGUGGGGAGAAGGCAGCCGCCUUGGUGGACCGGUACAGCACCCCUGCCAGCCUCCUGGCCGCCUAUGACGCCUGUGCCACCCCCCAGGAGCAGGAGGCGAUGCUGAGCACCAUCAAGUGUGGGCGCCUGCAGAGGAAUCUGGGGCCCGCUCUGAGCAGGACCUUGUCCCAGCUCUACUGCACCCGAGGCCCCCUGACCUGAGCUCUGCCCGGCCUUGCCUCCCCCACACAGGCUAGACAGCCUUUUAACCAGAAUCUUUUGGGAUAUAAUAAAAAUUUUGGUGUCCGCAGCCUGCGUGUCAUGGUGGAGACGCCAGGCCCUGGAGGCUGUAUAAAACUCCCAGACAGGAUUGGGGGAGGCCAUCAUUUCCCUUAGAUUUUAAACUGAGCACCUCAGAACCCUGGGGUUCCCUGGUGGAGCAGAGACGCCAGGCAGAUGGAGUCUGAGGCAUUGCAACUUUGAAUCUACUUUAUGUCAUCAGAUGGUCCCUGGGGAAAUAGAAAUUUCCUUUAACAAGACAUUCUAGAGCUUGGAAAAGACAAGUUUGAAAAGCACUAACAGUCUAGCCAUCUUGUGUGACGGAUGGCAAAAUGAGGCCUGGGAAGCUACUAGGGUUUGUCCAAAUUGAUGGCUUGAUGCCAACUGAGAAUUGGAAGCCAGGAACCCCUGCAGCUGUAAAGCGCUGUUCCCGACCCCCCUGCAAACCAGCCAGGCCCAGAUUUUUGCUUGGAAGCCUGGAGUCCACAGCCUCAUGACCUCUUCCUGGUGGGGCAGUUCUGACACCCUUGGCCUGGGGAGUGACCCCCACUGGGUCCCAUCCAUGGGCUCUUUCUGCCUGAGCAGAAAAUACCCCCCUUUAAGUGGACUUGGCCUACCUCCCGCAAGCAGGCCCCUUCCCCAGUCUGGGGCUCACUACAGUGUCCCCCCUCAGCCACCAGGACUCCUUCUUUCUCCCUUUAUUGCCUUUCUCUCUACCCUUCACAACAGCGUCUUUCCUUUUAGCAGAACACAGUCAUCCCUGAGCCCCAAGCUCCUGGGCUGCAGGGCACCUCCCCCUCCCUGACGGGUCCCCCACCCAUUCUCAGAAGGUGUAGGCCCCCACGAAGACGGUGAGUCUCAGUACGGAGCUGGCCCGGUAGCUCAUGAGGGAGUUCAUGGUAACCAUCUCGAGGUCCAGCACGUACUCCCGGGGGCCCGUCACCGGCCGGGCGAGGACCAGCAUGGCGCUGACGUUGUUGAUUUGCUGCAGGGCACAGUGGGUGGGGGACACAUGGAGCCUAUCACCGUGUGCCAGGAUCCAACCCCCGCGUCACCUCCCUGCCCCAGCUACCCGUUGGCUGUGAGGUGGUGAGAAUCUGAGCCCCACUCAUGAGCCCAGACUCGCAUCGGGCUCGGGAACCUCCCGAGCAUUCCAGUCAACGCAUUUGUCUAACCAGCGUCAGCUGAUGAUUUAAGGCCAAGUGUGAGGCUCUCCGGAGUGGUGGGGCCUUUGGGGACCUGCAGCAGGCCAACGCCCCCUCAACUUCAAUUUCGGAAAGAAAAAAACAGCACUGCCACCAGCCCCUUGCACUGCUCUGUCUGAGGCGCGGCUGCACCCCUCACUCCCCGUAGCUCUGCCUGCUGAGCUGGAGUCUCCCACCCAGGCCCCAGCAGACGGUUGCUACCUCUCUUCAAGGCCCAGCGCCACUUGCCUGUCCUUCCCCGACUCGGGCGUGUUUGCCGGGAACGCCUCUCCCGCCAUCCCCUUGUUUACCGGGUAAAAAAGCUGACGCCAGACACCCAGGCCAGCACCGGGACUCGAACCCGGCGUCCCUCUGCCUCCUCAGAAUCGCAUUUAACAAUCUACGUGUGCACCAAGGGGAUUUGGGACACCCCUACCUUUCUGCGGGAGCCCCGCCUCGGGGGUGGGGCCUGGGGAAGAGGCGGGCGCGUGGCCUCACCCCCUC